AUGAUUGAAAUGAACAUUAAAAUUGAAACAAAUAAACCAGUUACAUUUUCAAUUAAAACCAAUGAUGAUCUAUCAAAAACGAGUGAUAUUUCAAAUCCGUUUUCUCAUGUUCAUGUCCAUAAUUCUUACCAACAACAAUUGAAUAAUUCAACAGAUCUUUUAAUGUCUCGCAACAUUCCAUUACAUAGUACUUCUCAAAAAGAUUAUAUUCAUUCACCGUAUUCCGAUCAUACUUCCUAUUGGAAAACAUGUUCAUCAAUGAAUGAUAUGACGUUGAGACCACAUACAUAUUGUAGUAAUCCUAAUUAUUUAUCGCCGAUGAAUCCUACUGAUACGUUAUUACCACCACUACCACUACCGUCAAAACAUUACAAUACGUCAACAUCAUCUUCAAAAACUUCUUCACGUUUGUCAAAAAUUCAGGGAGUUCCAUCAGUUGAACGAGAGUGUUGUAAUGAUUCGAGAAUAUCACAAGCAUCGAAUGAAUUGAACACUGUUGAUGAUCAAGAAGAGGAAGGAGACGACGAUGAGAGUGAAUUGGAUGACAAACAAUCAGAUAUACAAAAAACCAAUAAAAACACAAGUUUAACGAAUACAAUAACGAAUAGCAAUCGUAAAUCAAACCGCCGUGCUGAAAAACCACCAUUUUCUUAUAUUGCCUUAAUUGUAAUGGCUAUACAAAGUUCACAAACAAAAAAAAUGACAUUAUCAGAAAUAUAUCAAUUUUUACAACAACGUUUUCCAUUUUUUCGUUCAUCCUAUCAAGGAUGGAAAAAUUCUGUCCGUCAUAAUUUGAGUUUAAACGAAUGUUUUAUUAAAUUACCAAAAGCAAUGGGACGAGCAGGAAAAGGUCACUAUUGGACAAUUGCACCCGAAUGUGAUUAUAUGUUUGAUGACAAUUGUUUAAGACGAAGACCACGUGGCUUUCGGCGAAAAUUAGCGCCAACACAAAAACCCUAUCCCGGCUUAUUAACACAAGCAAAUCCAGCAUCUUCUUCUUCACCAAAUCAAGAAUACAAUUCGUCAGAUAUAGCAGCUGGCUAUUUUGGAAUCGAUUCGGGUUAUCCUACACCGUCAUCAUCCACUUUACCACCACCUCCAACAUCAAACGGUCAUCGAACAUCCCACUGUCAUACAAAUAAUACAAAUGAUACCUAUGCAGCUGCAGCAGCAGCAGCCAUGGCAAUGGCCUAUUCUUCCUAUCCAAGAAUGACAAAUCAUUCUUCACCACACUAUAAUCAAAGUUCAUCCGUGAAUAGCAAUAAACACUCUACAAUGGCAAACGGUGCACAAUCGACAGAAAAUGAAAACGGCAGUCGAUCAUUGUCGUAUGAUUUAAAUUUAAUUUACAAUCAUCAACCACCAUCGACAACAGUAACAUCUACAGAUGGAAAACAUCCAUCUUUAACAUCAUCUCAACAACAUCACGAAUUAUUAAAUAUGACAUGUCAUGGUUCUUUGAAUUAUCCGACACAAUCAAAUUUUACAUCAUAUCCUAGGACACCAUUUCGUUUUGAUUCAAAUGAUUCAUACUCUUUAACAUCAUCAAAUUUAACAGAUUUGAAAAAUCUCAAUCAAAAUCAUUUUUAUCCACCUAACAUCAAAUUACAAUUAAGAUAUAAUCUACAUAUGACUAUCAGUGCCCGUUUUGCAGAUGCACUCAGUAAAUAUGAUGUAAUAAAAAAAGAGCAGAACACCACACGAUUAGAAAAUGAACUUAUUCGACAAACAAUCAAGUUAAUGAUAAAAUUAAUUGACGAUGAAGAUAUUCAAAAUCUUUAUGUUGAACAAUUCCAAGCAACAUGCACCAAAGUUGUGGUGAAUACAAGUGAAUAA